AUGUCGAGCUGCGUAGCCUGGAUUAUGGCCACUUUGACUUCCCCAUCUGUUGUCGAAAGUAGGACAUCAACCCCACAAAAUUGCUCAGUACAGCCGAUCAAUCCGGGCGGGCCGAUUAUUGAACAUGACGCACUGGACCGUCUGGUCAUAGGUCUUUAUGAGGGCGAAGGGUUCGCCGAAAACCACGAUGAUCCCGAUCAGCGGCCUUGUAAUUGGUAUGUUGAGGGCUUGUUGGAUGAAGAUGGGACUGCUCUCAUCGGUGCCGCUCGGACGGAAAAACUUCAGUGUGGCACAAAUGAGAUGCAAUUGUUUUUAGACGUCAUCACCGCUGGCGGUUGUAAGGCUGAAGCUGUGGGGCACAUCCAACCAGCCAGGUGGGCUAAGAAUAUGGUCAAUGGAGCCUUCUCAACAAUGUGUACAUUAUCUCGUGCCUCAAUAGCCCAGUUUCUAGCACCCGAUUUCCUGCCGCAUACACUCCCAGCAGUCAGAGAGACCAUGGUAGAAAUGCUUUGUGUUGCUAGAGCACUUGGUUAUCGUGAGGCGGAACUCUCUGCCGAAACAGUGGAUGAAGUCAUCAGUUUAAUGCUCCAGAACUCGCAGUCAAAGGGUAGCGUGUCAAGACUACCGUCGGCCCUAAAGGCAUCGCCUGCAAAUCAAGCAACUGAUCGGAGGAUCAAUCCUGAUGUACCCCCGGAGGAUAAAGAUCCGGAUGGUACGGAAGUCAAGAACAUAGGAGUUGAUGGCCCCAUGGAACAACCUUCAUUCAAGCCAAGUAUGUUAAUCGACAUGGAGAGGAACCGGCCUAUAGAACUCGAGCCCAUCAUCGGAGCAGUCUUAGAGAGAGCCAAAAGUAAAGCUAUUGAAACACCACGACUUGAUCUGUAA